GCUGUCCCCUGCCCUCUGAUCCUGCAGAGGUAUUGUUACCAGCACAUGAUGAGCCUGGCAAGACAGAGUCCUGGCCACCUGCCCCAGUGAGAGUUCUUUUUGGGAUGAUGCCACAGGGCCAGCUCACAUGUUGGGCAGCCACAGCCACUGCUCUGCCAGCCUCGAGGAUACAGCAGGACCUGCUGCUGGGAGCGGACCUGGCCGCCCUUUAGCCAGAUGGAGCCUGUCCAGCUGGUGGGCCUUGGGCACAAGAGUGACCCAUCCAGAAAUGCGGACAGAAGUGGGGCAGCUGCCCUGUAGAUCCCAUAUGUGCUGGAGCAUGAGAAGGGGCUGGGCCACUGGCCAUCCCUCAGGCCUAUGUCCCCUACAGGUUCUGCGGGGAGUGCCUCCAACCCUGCCUGCAGGUGCCAUCCCCCCUGUGCCCGCUCUGCCGCCUGCCCUUCGACCCCAAGAAGGUAGACAAGGCCACCCACGUGGAAAAGCAACUCUCAUCCUACAAGGCGCCCUGCCGGGGCUGCAACAAGAAGGUGACACUGGCCAAGAUGAGGGUGCACGCCUCUUCCUGUCUGAAGGUCCAGGAGCAGAUGGCCCACUGUCCCAAGUUCAUCCCCGUGGUGCCCACGUCCCAGCCCAUCCCCAGCAACAUCCCCAACAGGUCCACCUUCGCCUGCCCUUACUGCGGCGCCCGCAACCUGGACCAGCCGGAGCUGGUGAAGCACUGCGUGGAGAGCCACCGUGGUGACCCCAACCGUGUGGUGUGCCCCAUCUGCUCGGCGAUGCCCUGGGGCGACCCCAGCUACAAGAGCGCCAACUUCCUGCAGCACCUGCUGCACCGGCACAAAUUCUCCUAUGACACCUUUGUGGACUACAGCAUCGAUGAGGAAGCUGCCUUCCAGGCCGCCCUGGCCCUGUCUCUCUCUGAGAACUGAAGGAGGCCGCCCAGCUGCCAGCCUGAGCCUCGGAGGAUGCACCGUGCACCAGCCGUGUACCAGGCAAGCCUCACCGCACCAGGUGGAGUCUCCACUCGUGCACGAGGAGAGCCACUGCUGGCUGUCCCUCUGCCGUCAGGGCAGGGCCACCUGUGGUCCUGGGUCAUUUGGUGCUUCAGGCUGAUCAGGGGGCUGAGCAGGCGGCCUCACGGGGCAGGUGCUGGCCCAUGGGGACUUAGAGCCGUCAGCCAUCUCCUCAAAGCCAUGAUGUCCUCCUCAUGUGGAGAAGGGACAGUCGGUGCCCCACGCUGCGCCCCGCAGGCCCUGUUGUCGCAAUGAGAGCUGGGGAGAGGAGCCCAGGCCGCCACCCAGCGCCGCCCCCACCCACACCUGGCAGCGCUUCCACCUUGCGCAUUUGGUACUGGCUUUUGUGAUACUUAGGAAUCCUGGCAUUUUCUAUAUUAUCCAGUGUGACGAUCUUUUCACGUUUUUUAGAGCAAAGACAAUGCAGCUACUCUUCAUACUGCAGUAUCUGUGUUUGACUAGGAACAAUAGUAUUUUUAUGAAACAUUUACAGAAUUAUAUUUUUUAAAAAAACAAUCAAAAACAAGCAGUGUGGGACCAAUGCAAGGAGGGAGGGAGAUGGGUGGCGGCCAGAACAGUCAAGCCAAGGUCCCCACCGCUGUCAGCUCUCGUGGUUUGUUGGUUUCUCUUUGAUGCUAUCCAGGAAGAAAUCCCAGCAGCCUGGCCACGUGCUGUGGCUGCUUCCGCAGACGCAGGGUGGCCCUCCUCCCACCAGGGUACUGGCCUCGGCCCACUGUCACCUCCCAGAGCUGACCAUGUCCUGCCUCGGGCAGGAGCGCCCCCCAGUGGUAGCAGAGCUGGGGUCUGGGCAGGGGCCUACUUGGCGGUGGGUUGGGCCAGAAAGCACCUGUCAAAACUCUUCUGUUCAUGGCAUAAAUUAUUGCUGUCUUUUAAAAAAGUUUAAAUAAAAUGUUUCAGAGCAUCUA